GCUCUUGUCUUCCCGCUGCAGCCCGAGAGGAAAAAAAAAAAGGGGAACCCAACCAUGCUUUGAGAAACCGGUGAGAUAAGCUUGGUUUUCUCCUUCCUCUCUUGCUCUAGAACACACCUAGAACCCAGAAAUUUUCCCCCCUGCUGGAAAAGCCGGAUCUGCCCUGCUCUGCUUUGUCCUUCCGCCGGCUGCUCUUGAUUGUGGGUGAUUUCUGGGCAUUUUUUUCGGUAAGAACAGCUACCAAUCCCUCUGUUCUUGCUUGAAUUGGCUUGGGUUAACUUUGAUUGCUCUUAUUUCCUUCAAUUUUGGGUAAACCCGUGAGCUUUCCCUGUAGCUUGCCGCCGGCCUCUUCCCCCCUGCAGCUCCGGUUUUAGCUGGAGAAUUCUGGUUUCCGAUCGUUCUGUCAGUUAGUACGUGAAUUGAGUGCUCAGUUUUAUGCGAGUGAGGGUGCUUCUUGAGGAAGAUAAGGUCAGAAAUAUUCUUCACUCCUUGCCAAAAUCCUAAAGUUCAAUGAAGAUGAUAAUAAAAGAAGCUCAUGAUUUAAGUGCCAUGACUGUUGAGAUGCUGCAAGGGAAGCUUCUUACACAUGAAAUGGCCAUGAAAAAUGAUGAAAGUGAUGAAGAUUCUCGGAAGAAGAAAUCUGUAGCUUUCAAAAGCUCCUCCAAAGAUGAAAGUGAUAGUGAUGAAAAGGAUGAUGAAGAAUUUAUAGUGCUUGCUCGAAAGUUUAAGAGUUUCCUAAGGAAAGACAAGCUGAAGAAUAAAGGACAACAAAAGAAAAACUACAAAAGCAAUAAAGGAAAGGGAGAAAGCAGUAAAAAGGAUGAAAUUAUCUGCUACAAAUGCAAGAAGGCUGGACAUAUUAAAUCUGAGUGUCCAAACAAUGAUGAAAAAAGUCUAAAAGCCAAAAAGAAAAAGAAGGCAAUGGUUGCCACAUGGAGCUGCAGUGAGGACUCAUCUUUUAGUAAAGAAGUAAGUGACAUGGAAGCUCAUAUUUGUCUCAUGGCAAAUGAUGACACAGAUGAGAUGAAUUAAAAAGGAAAAUAAGCCCUCUUGAAUGUUCUUUGAACAAUUUUGUGAAAGGUAAAGAUAAGUUAGACAACAAUUUAAGUUCACAAAGAUUUCCUCAUAAUAGAGCUGGACCUUCUUU